GGCGGGCGCUGCUCCGCCUCCGCUGUGGAGCGCGCUGGCGCCUUUGGAACGCGGUGUAUCGAGAGCUGAAGGGGGGGAUUCCAAUUGGAACGCGGCGCUGUCAGCGGCGGAUACAUUGUAUCCGGAGAGGGGAAUCCCCGGAGCUCUGGGCAGCCAGCGAGAGACGAGGCUGCGUCUGCCUCCACAGUCAGCCCGCUCCUCCUAGAAACCCGGGGGUGCAUUCGGGCACGGGUUUCAGAUACCCCACCCCUCACCACCAGCAACACCCCACGCCCCCCCCCACCUCCUCCCCCGCAAGUCCGUGACCCGAGCGGAAGCCGCCGCUUCGCUCCCACCUCCAUGGAGUUGGAGAACAUCGUAGCCAACACGGUGCUGCUAAAAGCGAGGGAAGGUGGGGGAGGGAAACGGAAAGGCAGGAGCAAGAAGUGGAAAGAAAUCCUUCGGUUUCCUCAAAUCAGUCAAUGUGAAGAUCUCCGAAAAACUUUAGAGCGAGACUACUAUAGCUUGUGUAACAAGCAGCCGAUCGGGAGAGAGCUUUUCCGACAGUUCUGUGAGACGAAGCCGGAGCUGAAGAGGUGCAUCAAGUUCCUUGACACAGUGGCAGAUUAUGAAGUGACACCAGAUGAGAAGAGGAAGGAAAAGGCUGAAGAGGUCAUUCGGAGAUUUCUUACUGAGGAGUCUCCGGAAUACAUGCCUGAAAUUAGCAAGUCCCACAUCAAGCAGUGCAUCAAAAACUUCGAAAAGGGCCCGUGCAAAGAGAUCUUCAGCGAAUGCUUAAAGGGCCCUCAUCAAUACCUCAGUGGAGAUCCGUUCACGAAUUACCAAGAAAGUAUGUACUUUGAUCGAUUUCUGCAGUGGAAAUGGUUGGAGAGACAACCCAUCACCAAAGACACUUUCAGACAAUACAGGGUUCUGGGCAAAGGAGGCUUUGGAGAGGUCUGUGCCUGUCAAGUGAGAGCUACUGGAAAAAUGUAUGCUUGUAAGAAACUGGAGAAGAAAAGAAUCAAAAAGAGGAAAGGAGAGACAAUGGCACUGAAUGAAAAGCAAAUAUUAGAAAAAGUAAAUAGCAAAUUUGUAGUCAGCCUAGCAUAUGCAUAUGAAACUAAAGAUGCACUGUGUUUAGUUCUAACCAUUAUGAAUGGAGGGGAUUUGAAGUUCCACAUUUACAGCAUGGGUAACCCGGGCUUUGAAGAAGAAAGGGUUAUAUUUUACGCUGCUGAAAUCUGCUGUGGCCUGGAUCAUCUCCACCGGGAAGGUAUUGCGUAUCGGGAUCUGAAGCCAGAGAACAUCCUGCUCGACGACAAUGGACACAUUCGAUUAUCAGACUUGGGACUGGCAGUGACAAUACCAGAAGGAGAGAAGAUCCGUGGGCGAGUGGGCACCGUCGGGUAUAUGGCUCCCGAGGUGAUAAACAACGAGCAGUACACAAUGAGCCCCGACUGGUGGGGGCUGGGAUGUCUGAUCUACGAGAUGACAGCCGGACAUUCACCGUUCCGCGCUCGGAAGGAGAGGGUGAAGCGAGAAGAGGUGGAGAAGCGGGUUCAACAACAGGAGGAGGAAUACUGCGAUAAAUUCACCGAGGACGCCAAGCACAUUUGUAGGAUGUUAUUGACCAAAGAUCCAAAGCAGCGACUCGGUUGCAAAGCUGAGGGAGCCAAUGAAGUGAAGGAACAUCCAUUCUUCAAAGGCAUAAACUUCAAGCGGCUGGAGGCUGGCAUGUUGGAGCCUUCUUUUAUUCCAGAUCCUCGAGCUGUCUACUGCAAGGAUGUGCUGGACAUUGAACAGUUUUCUACGGUGAAGGGGGUGUACCUGGACCAAACCGACAAUGACUUCUAUGUGAAAUUUGCCACAGGCAGCGUUCCGAUCCCUUGGCAAAACGAGAUGAUCGAGACUGAAUGCUUCAAGGAGCUGAAUGUAUUUGGACCAAAUGGAACCAGAUCUCCAGACCUGGAUUGGAACCUGCUUCCAGAGCCGCCCAAACGGAGUCUGCUUGACCGGCUUUUCCGACGACAUGCGCACGAUUACACCUUCAGUACAACCAACGCAAAUUCCGGCCUCACGCCUCACGCAACCUCGAACAACACCGCGUCCAACACCGCCCAGACCCCUACAGUCGCCUGACGUCAUCCGGAAAUUAGGCCCAGUUUGGGACAGUUGCCUCCUCGUUGUCAUCUCAGGUUUAACUUGGAUGUAAAGAAAAUAAUGGCAUUUUUACGUUGGUAGCGCAGUGAGAAUUGAAACAGUGCUGCUGUGUGUAAAUAGAAAGUGUAGUCUGAGGGCAGGACAAAGAAGACGUGUUUCACACAAGGUCCAGCCAUGUUAUGUCAACUUGAUGAGCGCACACUUGAUGAUAAGGGGUGUGAAUGUGAUUCCUUCAGCAUCUACUUGUACGGUCCCUUACUCGCCCUGGAUUGUUUGUCCAUUUCUGUUUGGAUUGUCAGGCUGGAAAUUCAUUUGUAAUAUGUCCAGAACUACAGGACUCCCAAGGCAGGAUUUGAACCCUAAGAGUGGAAAAAGAAUUGGUGUUGUGUGGAGGUUUGUCACAUGCCCUUGAAUCCAGUGACAUCCAGUGGCAGGAAGUCUGAAUUGCAGUCUUCCCAUUGAGUUGGGACCUCACACGUAUCGUGGAUGGUGUGAACGUUAAUGAAUCAAUAUUGCUUCCUUCUCCAUUGGGCUCAACAGUGAAAGAGUCGCAGUGUCCUGUCUUGAAUGAUGUUGAACCUUAAAGGUAAAUCCACAAGACCUGGCAUUAGCCUGGGAAGUUGCCUCUGAGCUGAUAGUCCGAUGGUUCACUUGUCAGGAGGUGGCUGUCUUUAUGUGGCUUAGAAGCAAUAUUGUCCUUUAGGGUGCUCCCACAGCCAGCGAGAGCAAAGGGUGCGGCCCAGUCAAGGUCAAAGAGUAAGGCAACAUGUCAAAAGCCGUGGAUUCGUAGGAGACUCAGCAUGUUAAACAUUAAUGGUGCUGUCCACAUUCGGACCAUUUGAACCCCUCUCACUGGAGUUCAACGAUCCUUUACUUUAGGGUAAAGGGAAGCCCUUCUUCCAACAUUCCACCCUUAACCAUGCAGGUGGGAUCUUGCUGUGCCCAAAACGGCUGCCGCCACUGGCUUUAAAAAUCAAGGCAGGUCACUGUGUCAUUGUUGUCCAUGGAAGGUGGAGAUGGUUCUGACAGAAGGUAGUGUAAGGGUUUCCCCUCCUGAGUGUGUGGGUUUGAGCUCCACUGCACAGAGCCUGUAGCAGAAGAAGGCAGGCCCCACCGUUUUCAGUUGUGGAGCUGAGGUGAGUCAUGGCUGGUUGGGAGUAAGAUCUUCAGCCCAUCCUGAGCUGUUCAAAGACAGGUCCUUCUCAUUAAAACGGGAAGGAUCUUCUUGUUGAGCCCUUUUACCGGCUCAUUGUCAUGGCCACUCCAACUGGCUCCUUGUCUCUCCGCCAUCUUGGGUCUCUGUGCUAGUGCAACGAGCAAUCCGCUGGAGGAACUCAGCGGGUCGAGCAGCGUCGGUGGGAGGAAAGGAAUUGUCAACGUUUGGGGUCAAAAUCCUGCAUCAAGUGCCGACAAUUCCUCCACCACCCACCCCCUCCCCCACAGAUGCUGCUUGACCUGCUGAGUUCCUCCAGCAGAUUGCUUGUUGCUCCAGAUUCCAGCGUCUGCGGUCUCUGGUGUGUCCUGUGUCCUAGUGCUUUCUAUGACAUCUUAUUUUGUGCAACUUGACUGCCGUUGCAUUGGUGACUGCUCUUCAACAGGACGUUGUCAUUCCCCUGGCACUUUGGGAUGUCAGAAGGUCAGUGCUCUGGGCAUUCCCUGCCUUUGACCACCGGGAGACCGUGAACAGAUUCUGCGUACCCGCAGUUCCCCUCCUCCAGGGCCGUGCACGGAGAGUCCACGCUGGCUCUGCGCGUGUACCCUGGUUGGAAACCAGAGCCUUGAAGGGCUAAGGGUCAGCGAGACGCUAACAUACCCAGGUACGGUGCGGACGCUUAUGUUUCUGAACUACCUGGGUUCUUGGGGUCAAUGGACAGGCACGCAUCUGCGUCUGGAAUAGAGACUAGGUCUUUGGACCACUCGUGGGGAUAGGGUGAAUGAACCUCCUUGGCUGGAAGGAAACCAUCGCUGUCCGAGUCACACCAGUGGGGCUGACCACAAAGGAAGGCCAAUGGAGUUGAGGGAUUGGCAGUGCCCUGCUGUCCUGUGGCCAAUGGAGAGCAGCAAGGUUCAGGAACAGAGAGGGGAGAAAGGGAGGACUUUUCCUGGUGUCUGACAGAUGAAUUGAUCCUUCCCAUUUCCCAGUGGCUACUGUGACAGCCAGACACCAGAGCAGGUCAUUAUGGAGUUACUGCACCCCCUGCUGGCGACUCAGGGACUCUCAACCCACUGCUGUGCCUCCUCUCGGUUGGAGAAUGGGCUUGGAAUACAAAGACUAGUUGUCUUGUAUUCUGAAUUUAGUAAAUAAUUUUUUUGUUCUGCCAAAGUAAUAUGUGUAAAUUGCUCAAUCUGUUGCACCAGUUUACAUGUUUGUACAUUUGUAUCGAGCGUAUAUCAGGAUGUAUAUGUUCGUCUGUGAAAGAGCUUAAGCCAUGUGUUAGCAGUUUUUAAAUGUCAGGGACUCAUUCAGGAUUGAAGCAGUGAAAAAAGUUGCAUCUUCCUCAACAUUGGAACAAAUUGCUUGAGGAGCCAAAGCAAUUCGAUAUACCCACGUUAGAUGUUUAUAGUUCCCUUUAUUAUGUUAUUUAAAAUUAAUAAUGCUGGGGGAAUUUUUGACUUUGGCUUCCAAGUUGGCUUGGUGAACAUUGUGAAGCAGUGGUUUCACGUGCAGGGCUGGACAGUCAUCAUUCAGAGGCAGAUGUGCCCUGAGGGAUGGUGGUCAAGCAGUUGUCUGCAGCUGCCCAAGGCAAGACUGGGAUGUCCACAUGAGAAAGGGUUUGUUUUAAGAAUGAACUGAGGCAUUUCAGAUUAUCCGCAUUUCAUCCCUUGACAUCCUUCGUAUCUAGAACAUGAUUUUACUGAGGGAAAACUGGUGCUAAUUUAUAUAAUCUAGAGCAGUUCAGCACAAUUCUAGCACUGACCAGUUCCCAAUUAUUAGUCAUAGAAAAAUGAGACUUGGAAAUAUUAACUAUACCGUGCAAACAAGAAGUCAGAAAUAAGAUAGAGGGCUGUUGGAUAUGGGACUGAUCUCUGUGCAGGGCUCUUCAGUAAGCACCUCACAAUUUAUAAUUGGUGUAAUUAAGGUUAGCUUAGGUCUGUUCUUUAGCAUUGACCUGUACACAGCCCAUGCAGAAGCUCUCAAUCUUUCGUACAAGACAGCAACACCACCAGGGUGUAUCUGAUCCUCAUCCUGCAAAACGAUGCUGGAGGAACUCAGGGGGUCAGGCAGCAUCUGUAGGGGCAAAUGGGCGAAAGGACUCUGUGCUGGCAUGACUCACUAAGCUACUUUUUUAAAAUUGCACCAAAUAAAGACAUUUUGGCCAGAGAUGGCAAUUUAGCUGUGAAAGAACAGCAUUCUGCAAAUCCUUUGGCAAAAAUUCCCUGCAGUGUUGAAAAGAUUCAAGAUCAUUUUCCAGCUUCCAGUCAGCACUUCCUGGGCAAGCUGCUGGGAGCAUGCAAAGAAUCCGAGAUUUGAAAAUCCCACAGUCGUCAAUCCAGCAGAUAUAAAUUACGUUUAAUUGUGCAAAAAGGUGAAAUAAAGAUUAGAACAUACAUAUGGGAUUAAAAGAGCGACUUACAUUGCAAAACACAAAAUAAAAUCUUUAUUUUUUUUUCUUAAAUUUGCAACAUUCUAGUUUUUCUUUAGGACUGAGAAUCAUUACUCAGGGCCAGAAAAGUGCUUCAGCAGUAAAUAACUGUGCAUGUUGUUGGAACAAUUAGUUGCUCCUGAUUAGUGCUGACUGAGAAUAAUAGAUAAAUAGUUAAAAGUUCAGACCAAUUCAAUGAUUCUGUGUUGAUCUCGACGGGAAAGACCCCGAUAGCAGGCAUGGAAGAUGAGGGUAUUCGUGCUGCUGUUGAACGGCCUGAUGUUGCUGUCAGUUCUGCGAGUAACAAAGGUGAGUGCUGACAGCUGUUGUUCUCCUCUCCUUCCCUCAAUAACCAUACAGUGUAAAAGUCUAAAACACAUUCAAUGAAAUCUCUACACACACAGAGUCGAUCCAGGACCCGGCCAGUGACAACAUGUCCGACAGAAUCAAACAUGUUAGACAAAUCUACAGAAACAACCACGAUGUCCUUAAUAUUUCUUUUGGCUCCCAAUAACAAAUUAAUAAGAAAUCCUAUAUUUUAAUUGCAAUCAGGGCUUACAAUAAUAAAAUGUUUCUGAAGAUCAUUAAUAUAAAUAAUGUCCAUCAAUCCUCUAGCCAAAAUUUUAGUAAAAGUUCUUCGAAUAAUCAACCCAACAGUAAUUGGCUGCCAGUUAUCUGGACAUAAGGGACUGCAGAUGCUGGAAAUCUGGAGCAACACACAAGAUGCUGGAGGAACCUGGGGGUCAGGCAGCAUCUGUGGGGGGAAUGGACAGUCGACGUUUCGGGUCGAGACCCUUCUUGGCCUGGACUCAGUCUUGACCUGAAGCGUCGACUGUCCAUUUCCCUCCAUAGAUGCUGCCUGACCUGCUGAGUUCCUCCAGCAUCUUGUCAGUUAUCUAGAUGAUUUAAUUUAAUCAGUUUGUUGAUUUUGGGAAUAAGGACACUGUGGCUGUUUUUGAGACUUUGAGGAAUCUUCCUUUGCUUAAUUAACAAAGUAAAAAUACUUGUUUGAUUCUGGCCCCUGGUGGUGGUUCCUUUUUGUUGCAGUUUGGGGAGGAGGUAUUGGAGGUCGAUCCCAAAAGCUCAAAGCACAGGUGGGACAAUGAACCAGCUCAAAGAUGAGUCGAUCUCCUCCACAAAAGCUUGGGGACACUUCGAUGCCGUUAACACCAGGCCCGUGACUAGUUUGCACACCUGACCUCUGCAGUUUCCCACCAGCAAGGCGAGCUGUGCCUUCAGUUGGUUCCAAGUUGUCAAUUGACCAGAAUCAGAGGGAACACAAAACAAAAUGGUUACGCUUCACCUCGAGAGUCUGCUGGAGGUUCUUGCCUGAUAUCUAGUGUUCCAUGUUCAAAGACUCUUUGGUUCAUGGUGCAAUGAUUUGGAGUUUUUAUUUUAUUUGCUGACCUGUGUAUUGUAAAAUGGCGAAGUCCAGUUUUCUUACUCAGUGUACCUGCACCCUUCCCACUUUCCAAUCCUUCCUAUGAGAUUUGCAAGACCAAUGUCAUUGGAAUGGCCAAAAUGUGUCCAGUUGCUAACCACACAGUCUCGCCUCCGUUCCCGAUCUAUAUCACGUAACAUCAAGUCCACCAGUAAGAGCAAUGGUACUGAAACCAUGUUAUCUAAAAGAAUUGAAUAAAACUGAGUUGUGAUGGGGUAUUACAGUCUCACUGUAAAGGCUAUAAUAUGGCCUCUUUUAAAGUGUCUAGAGAAUGUAUCAGAGGAAUGUGUUCUUUUUAAUAUUGCAUUCAGUGCAAGUUUGAUCUUGUACAAUAUAGUGACUGUACAUACGUUGUAUCGAUGAAUGCCGUUCUCUUUGUGGAAUAUUCACAGGUGCCCAUUUCAUUGGGAUCCUAUAAUGUUGCAACUAUUAAAAGCCUCAAAAGUCAA